GUGUAUUCCUGGUAUUCCUUGUAUGGAAACUAGUCCGGGAUCGUGGGGGAUCGAAGGGGAUUGAUGAAACUGGUUUCACAGGGCGGUUGGAGGAGGGGGCUGAGAGUCCAGGACAGUGGCGAUUACCAGCAGUUCGCGCAAUUCCAGGAUAAAUCCCAACACAAGAAAAAGAAAAAAAACAAAAAAAAACAAAACUAAGCUGUUUGGAGAUGGAACCCGGGCUGAUGGCGGCUCUUCAGAUCAGCUGCUAAUGUUAUAGUUUGGGAUUAUUAGAAUUUGUUGCUGUUGUGAACCUAUUCUUGGAACCUCUCCCCCUCCCCCUCCCCCCGAUCUGAUCCCCCUGACAUUAACUUUGGACAGAUUUCUUUAUUUAUUUUUUGGAUUUAUUUAUUUUCCCUCCCACUUUGUUUUGUGAAAUAUAUUCACGGUGGAAGAUGGCUGCUUGCAGGAGCUCAGUCAGUCUAAUAGCAGUUAUACAGUUGUGCCUGAUGCUAUCUUGUACAUCGCAAGAAAGCUUUCCUCAAGCUAACGAUAUACGAUCAUGGGCGGAGAAAAUGAAGGAAGACCUUGUAAAGUUGGUACGUACUUCUAGUGGAGUGGAUCAGAUGGAACAGAUUUACUUAAAAAACAGACAAUACUACACAGUCGAAACAAACAAUGCUCGACGUUUAGUAGAAAGUGCGGCUCGAGAAAUUGAAAAACUUCUAAGCAACAAAGUGGAAGCCCUUAAGAGACUUGCAACAGCUGCAGAGGAUUUUCAGGAAAGACAUGUUUGGAAAGAAGAAUUUGGGGAUAAUGAUGUGAUAUACUACAAUGCAAAAGAUGACCUAAUGAGUUCUGAAAGAAAUGAAAGCCGACCAAGGAUCAAACCUGAUUUUCAGUUAAACCAAGCUUUCCGACGUCGUGUGGACUUCAACCACACAGCUGUCCACAUCCCCACAGACAUCUAUGAGGGCUCAACUAUCGUUUUAAAUGAGCUGAACUGGACUGCAGCGCUGGAUCACGUUUUCAAGUAUAAUAAAGAUAAAGACCCCACAUUAAUGUGGCAGGUGUUUGGGAGUGCAACUGGCCUGGCUAGAUAUUAUCCAGCAUCUCCAUGGGUGGAUCUAACAAAGACUGCCAAUAGGAUUGACUUGUAUGAUGUUCGGAGAAGACCAUGGUACAUACAGGGAGCUGCUUCACCCAAGGACAUGCUCAUUCUAGUGGACGUGAGCGGAAGUGUUAGUGGACUAACGUUGAAACUAAUUCGGACAUCCGUCUCUGAGAUGCUGGAAACACUUUCUGAUGAUGACUACGUGAAUGUGGUUUCUUUCAACAAUCAAGCAAAAUCUGUCAGCUGCUUCAGACAUCUUGUGCAAGCCAAUGUCCGGAAUAAGAAGGUUCUCAAAGAUGCGGUUAACCAAAUACAGGCAAAAGGAAUCACUGACUAUAAAAAAGGGUUUACAUUUGCUUUUGAGCAGUUGCUAAAUUUCAAUGUGUCCAGAGCUAAUUGCAACAAGAUAAUUAUGCUAUUCACAGAUGGUGGAGAAGAGAGAGCCCAGGAAAUCUUUACAACGUACAACCAGGACAAAAAAGUGCGAGUAUUUACCUUUUCAGUUGGUCAGCAUAACUAUGAUAAAGGACCGCUACAGUGGAUGGCCUGCGCCAACAAAGGCUACUUUUUUGAAAUUCCCUCCAUUGGAGCAAUACGUAUUAACACACAGGAAUAUUUGGAUGUACUUGGAAGACCAAUGGUUUUGGCUGGCACAAAAGAAAAACAAGUUCAGUGGACCAACGUAUACCUGGAUGCAUUGGAACUCGGUCUUGUUAUCACAGGAACACUGCCCGUCUUCAACUUGACUAAAGAUGCUAGUGGAAACCAGAAUCAAUUGAUUCUUGGAGUGAUGGGCAUUGAUGUGUCUCUUGCGGAUGUGCAGAGACUCACACCACGUUACACUCUUGGGCCUAAUGGUUAUUAUUUUGCAAUUGACCCUAAUGGCUACGUAUUGCUUCAUCCAAAUCUCCAGCCUAAGAAUCCUAAAUCUCAGGAGCCCGUCACUUUGGAUUUUCUAGAUGCUGAACUGGAGAAUGAAAUUAAAGUGGAGAUUCGGCACAGCAUGAUAGAAGGACAAAAUGAUGAAAGGACUCUCGACACACUAAUCAAAUCCUAUGAUGAGAGGUAUAUUGACAAAGGGACUCGAACGUACACGUGGACUCUCGUGAAUAGUACAGAUUACAGUUUGGCACUGGUUCUUCCACCAUACGGUUCCUACUACAUCAAAGCCAAACUAGACGAGGUUAUCACCCAAGCAAAACACUUAGAAUCAAUAAUGCCCGAUAACUUCGACACUACAGGAUAUGUAUAUCUCGCCCCCAGGGAAUACUGCAAUGGACUGACUCCUUCAAGCAACAAUACAGCAUUCCUGGAAAACUUCAUUAAUUUUAUUGACCGGCAAACUCCAAAUUCUCCGGACUGCAAAACUGAUUUGAUCAAUAACCUGUUACUUGAUGCCGGAUUUACAAGUGAACUUGUGUCAAACCAUUGGACGAAACAAAAUCCGGCGGGAGUCCUUGCUAGAUUCGUAGCAACUGACGGUGGAAUUACAAGGAUUUACCCCAAAAGUGCUGGAGAAGAAUGGACAGAAAAUCCAGAGACAUAUGAAGCAAGUUACUACAAAAGGAGCCUAAACAACAAUAUUUACAUCUUCACUGCACCUUACAUCAACAAAACUUGGGAUGGAAUACAGAGCAGUGUAGAGUCUGGUAUUAUGGUGAGCAAAGCUGUUGAAAUUAAAAUUGAUGGCAAACUUCUGAAGCCUGCAGUUGUUGGAAUAAAGCUUGAUGUAAAUGCCUGGAUGGAGAACUUUACCAAAGUAGCAAGUAAGAGCAAGUGUUAUGGAGGGAUCUGUGACUGCACAAAGAAUAGCAAGCACUUUGACUGUGUCAUAUUGGAUGAUGGUGGGUUCCUACUUAUGUCAAACCAGGAUGAAUAUAUUGGAAAGAUUGGCAAGUUCUUCGGUGAGAUUGACCCAAGUCUGAUGAGACGCCUUCUAAACACAUCGCUCUACGCCUUUAACAAAUCCUAUGAUUUUCAAUCUGUGUGUGAUCCAGAAACGGAGACAAAAGCAGCAGCGGGACUUCGCUCAGUCUACGUUCCCAGCAUAGUCGAUAUUUUGAAUAUAGGUUGGUGGGCAUCAAGUGCAGCAUGGUCCAUACUGCAGCAGCUGUUUGUCAGCUUUACCAUCCCACACUUUCUUGAAGCAGUUGGUGCAGACUCUGAGGAUUUCUCUGAACCUUUAUCAAAGUCCAGCUGUAUCACUGAACAGACUCAGUAUUACUUUUAUGAUAAUGAGUCCUCCUUCUAUGGCCUUGUGGAUUGUGGUAACUGUUCAAGGCUUUACCAUGCGGAGAAACUCUCCAAGACAAACCUGGUGUUUAUACUUGUGGAAAGUAAGCCCACAUGCCAGUCCUGUGACUCCAAGCCUCUUAUGCAGGCAGAACAAAAAUCUGAUGGACCUGAUCCCUGUAUUAUGGCUCAGAACCCCAGGCACAGAAAAGGUCCCGAUGUAUGCUUUGAUUCAGAUGAGCGUGAUGAGCCUAUAUGCACAACGAGUCGUGCCUCUGCCGUGGCGUCAGCUCGUCUCUUCAUUUUACUGCAAGUUUUGAUGUGGUGCGGAGGGAGGAUGAUUCUGAGUGUGGCAGUGGCUCUCGUCUGAGUCCAUCUUUAUGGUCAAUGAUAGGGAUUCAGCUUGUUCUGCUCUGGCUGCUAAGUAGUGCCAGACCUUAUCCAUCAUGACUGCAGAGAACGGACAUCCAUCUCCGCUUUCUGGACUCACCACACUGUAGCCCUGGAUUAAACUAGGGAAACUUUUGUCCCCAGGCAGUAGAAGACUGACCAUGUCCAUAUCCUGGUGUAUCACUGUGUGAAAGAUUCAUUGUUGACUCUCCAUAUGAAGAAUGGUCAAGGUGCUCCAUUGACAAGGUUUAAGAAAAAAUUAAGUCAUACAAUGGUAGCAAAUUGGAUUGUCAGUACUGAAACCUGCCAGGCAACCUAUGGAAACGCUAAUGCAUUUAUACAAAGGAACAAUUCAUUAAAAAAAAGUCCUAGAUUUGCUUAUCAUCAGGUUCAUAUUUUGUUUAGCUUACUUGAAUCAAGAUAAAGGGUAUUCUUUGUUCAUGGCUUACAUUGGCUGACUGUAGCUAAUUUUAACACUACUUGUAAGGAGCUAGUAUCAUACAGGCACAACCAGCUGUCCUAUUGGUGUAAGACCAGAAAGCUUAAACAUUACCAUGUUGGAUACCAACCAGUAAUUGCAACCUUUUUAAGGUUUUGAUACACCAAAGUCCACUGAUUUUUCUGUGGCUUAUGCUAUUAUAUUAUUAUUAGCUAUUCUGUUACCAAAGGAUGCCUGUUCCCCUCUCCUUCCCCCUCAUUAAGCCAUAACUCUAUGCCUGAUGCCCUUCAUGUUUGCUGAAGCAAAUGCAUAAUGAUUGUUGUAUCCCACACAAGAAAUAGUGCUAAGGCUUGUGAAUGAAAAAGCUGUCAUUGUGGCGAUUGAGUUUUGGACACUGAUGCUUUUUUUGCAUGAAGAUGCUGCUACUAUUUUCUCUUUUAGUUUACUGUAGGAGUAUAGUUGAUGUGCAAGAGCGACUGAGUGAGCCAAAUGUUGUUGAUGUGAAGUUUAGAUAAUAUGAUGUAAUAUAACUGUUUCACUUAUAACAGCUAAAUAUUGUCAAACAUACCUCUCUCAAAAUGCAGUGAGCAGGCUGAAAAGAUGAGAAUUUUACUCAAAUAGCAUUUCAAGAUUUAGAUUUUAUAUUUUAAGCGGAUGGGAUUGAGCCAAGAGCUUCCGUCACUACCAUAGCACAAUCCACUGCUGUGCAAUUUCUGUAAUAUAUGAGAAAUAGGACCUGCACCAGUCAUUUCACUGAAUUACAGAAAAAUUCCCAAAGUAUUUGAAAUGCAGCAAAGUAAAUUUGAAUUCAAUACCAAACAGAAAAGCUAAUGUUUGGUAGGCAAUUGAUUCUAUAGGAAAAAUUAUAUAAUAUGAGUGUAAUAAUUGAUUAAAGGCAUGCAAUUUGAGAUUUCAUAUCACAGCUAAGUAGGAAUUUAAUUUACUAAAAAUGUGAUGUGAUCCUAGGCAACUUAAGGCAUUAUAUGUCAACAGAACAAAAAAAGGGUGCAUUUAAGUUGAAUAGUACUUUGAGGUAAUACGCAACAAUGUUCACUUUAUAUGCACGUUUCAGCCUGCCUUAGUGCACAACAUUUAUUGAUCGUGCAUAAGUCUUUUGUUUCAUUUUUAAGAGAAUCAUCCUCUGGUCUUGGUCAUAACUGGAUGUAAUUCCAAAGUAUUUAAACUAAAUUAGAAUCCAUGCUCUGUCAAUAUUAGCCAUCUGGGGCUAAAGAGAGGGGAAAUUUUUCGGGAAAAAAAUUAAAAUGACUAAAGAAUUUAAAUUGCACCAGUAAAAAAAAAUCAAGAUGGCAGCAGAUCAUUGCAGCAUUUUGGUUGCCUCAGCCACCUAUUUGCAUUCAAAAAUGGAGUACACCAUAAUGAGUUUGCAUGAUCAGUUCAGUAUUUCAAAAUAUGUAAGUAAUCAGAUGUUAAUGUAUAUGGAAACAGUAUUUAAAAUGUUUUGGUUAAGAUGAAGAUAGUUUUGUUGUAAGGCUGACUGAUAAGAGUUUUUGGGUAAGAGUUUCAAUUGAAAGUCCAUCAGUCAUGGUACCAAAUUCAGUGGAUUUUGCAGCUUUUGUAUCAGUGACCAUUUUGUCAGCAGGAUUUCAAUUGUUAGCUUUCAUUGAUGCAGUGUCAGAUUAGCAGGCAAUUUCAUUCAUCUUAAUUUUUUUUAGAAAUGGGCCAGGGUCAGGAAAAUUGUCCAUUGCACUAUUAAAUAUGCAGUGCCCAGUGCUUGCGACCUAGAGAUAUUUCAUGCAAAAUUACACACAUGAUUUGGGGUUUGCCAAAGUGAUACAAUGGCAUGUGAUCAAUGCAUUGUCUCAGAAUCCCUCUAUCCUUUUUGAGAAUGAGUCCACAUUCAAGAACUUAUCAUAAAUUGAAACACAUGGAGAAGACGCUACCAGUGUUUGACAGUAAAUAAAACACUGCAGAUUCACCAGUGGACUGCAGAUACUAUUCUACUUGUAACCUGACCGAGGCAUCCCAAAGGCCAUACCACUUAUAGAUUAGCAAGCAUAGCUCAUGUCUGUCCAGGCAGUAUUAUCCUCAGUUCACAUAUCUAGUUGAUGCUUUCACUGACAGAUGCAGAAUUCACCAGCAAGCUACCAGUAUAUCAGGAACUGCAAGAACAAAUAUUAAAAAUGAUCCUCACUUUAUUCUUUGUUUCUCCUCUUUUUAGUCUCUUUGUAACUGAAACUGCAGAUAGCCCGUUUGCCCUGGUGAUACCACUUUGUAACCGCCAUGAGCAGGAAUACACGGGUUAACUUACCCCCCAUUUUCUUCUGCCCCAGUGGAGUUAUGCCUUGCCUCCACUUGCUCUCCCUCAGUGUGUACUCUUUUUAUAAAUGUUUAAUGCAAGUACACCCUGCUGAAAUGAUUGAUACUAAUGUAAGAUCAUGGUUAGCAUAUUCUGAUUUAAAUGCUGUCAUAGCAUGGUUAACUGCCUACGUAUUCCAGUCAACUUGCUGUCAAUAGAGUUUGGGGAUGAGCUAUAAGCAGAGAGCACAUAGGAGAAGCUAUGUUGUAGCAUUAACCUCACAGCAUCUAUCUAUGACCUUUAAGAGUAAUCAUUUUGAAUAGAAAAUAGUGUUCAUUAAUUAACUUUCAUCCUGUUUGUUAAUAGUGGUGUCACACUUCUGUGAUGAUGUCAUGAAUAUUUCAAGAAUUCAAAAAUAAUGCAGAUUUAUCUUGUUAUUUUGGAAUUUUUCCACAUUACCAUAUCAUUUUAAGGUUGGUUUGUAUGUAAAUAUGAGGAAACUUCACCCAAAAUGUUAAAACCUGUGGAGAAAAAUUCAGAUUUCUGUGCUUUUUCCAUUCAAUAACUUGCAUUGUGUUACUGUAAAUAUGAUAUUGUCCUGAACACUGAGCCAAUUUGGUUUUAAGGUUCUGGGAGACCUAUGUUCAUAAGGUUGAAGGAUUGACCUGAGUACGUUUUUGCAGGAAGUAUUUUGCCACCAUCCAGUAUGGACAGCCUCAGCUCAUUAAUCCGUAUGCACAUGUUUAUUGCCAAAUGAAAAUUAACAAAAGAUAAAGUAAACAAGUAAUAUUGUUCAUUGCCAACCUAAAGAAGCAUGGAUUUUCUAAAGGAAUUGAUCUACUUUAGAGUUAGGUUUUACUCAUCUCUUAUAGGAAAUAUAAUUGGUACAUUCUGCUAAGUUUUAAAAAGGAGUAGAAAUUAUAAAUCCAGGCUGUUUCUUUCCCUCUGUCAUACACAAUUUGUCAACUGGGUGGAAUCCUAUCGCUUGUUGACUGAUGUUGGCCUGAUUUAUUAUAAGGAAAUAUUAGAUUGUAUUUAGAUAUAUUUGCAGAAAGAUAUAAGGAGUUUGAUUUUUUUGCUUUUGUCAUAUUACUUGUUUGAAAUGGGUUUGAAACAAUGGGUUCAUAGAUAUGUGGUCUACAAGUCUUUUUUUUUAGAUAGCUGUGAUUCUGCAAAAGUAAUUGAAUCCAGCCAAGAGCCUGAUGUUAAGAAUCUGAAUCAAUAUGUGCUAAAGAUGCUGCUUCAGAGACAUUGUAAUGGCUAUCAUGAUUCAUGUAAUUGUCUGAACUCCAACCAGAAUGAAUGUACAGAUCAAUUCAGAUAUUGGAUAGUCAAUCUGUGAAGACAAAAGGGUCACACAAUACAGAUGUGAAGUACUUAAAUUAGUUGGAUGCAAUGAUUCUUAUUGGUUGUAAAUGGUUCAAAUUCAGUGAAAUAGUUAUUUUCUUAUUCACAGAAUAGUACUGAGAAUAUACAUUUUUCAUUUUGAAAGUCUUCAUUUUCCCAUUAGUCAUCAAAGUUGUAGAUCUAUUUCAUAAUGCCUUAAUCUGCUGUCCUGUUGGAGGAACCAUAUCAACCCCUGUAGAAUUUUUAGCACAGUGAUUAGGAACAGCUUUGAAUUUCACUGAGUAGUAUAGAUUCAUAGACGUUUAGAGGGCAGAAGGAGGCCAAUUGACCCAUCGUGUCCACGCCGGUCAAUGAAGAUCUGACUACAAUAAUCCCAUUUACCAGCGCUUGGCCUGGAGGCUAUGGCAAAGCAAGUGAACAUCUAAAUACUUCUUAAAUGUUAGAAGAGUUUCUGACUCAACCCCUUUCAGGCAAUGAGUUCCAGACUCCCAUUACCCUCUGGCUGAAAAAUCUUACCAAGAUAAAAGAUUCUGUGGUGUUAGGACGAUAUGCAGGUCCCAACCCAGAAGGCGUCCAUGUGUGAUCUUCCUGGAGGCGGCCAGUUAACAUGGUGCCUCCAGGAGUCCUGUCCAAUCAGGAAUGAUGGGUGGUUUCCACAGGUGGGAAGGCCAACGGGAGUGCCUGAAGUUGUGGACAGUUAUCAGCCCCACCAUGAGAGGUGGGCACUGAAUGUAUGCAGCCUAGUCAGAGAUGCCCACAUCCCAUGAAUGAAUUAAAAAUAAAUCUGGAAAGCACAUCAAGGUGGAGAUACCCUCAGACAAUAGUUAAAAUAAGUUUGACCACUAUUCACAGACCCCCAUUUGGGAGGGGAACCCCCUCCACAUAUUGACCUGCAGCAACAGCUGUGGCUGUUUGGCACACCUAGCUCAGGAGUGGGAAUUGGGUAGUUAAAGGAGACCUGACUGGCCCUCUGCCUGCCGCCAGGAGUCUACCUCCAGCCAUCUGCUGGGCUUCGACUUCAGUGGGGAAGGGGGGCUGUCUGCUGUCCGAAAGAUCCUGUUGGUGUCACCAAUCUUCCCCAAAGUGGGCACUUAAUUGCCAUUAAUUUGUUACCACCCAUUGCCAGUCUGACCCCACCUCCAGUAAGAUUACUCAGAGAUGGAGCUUUCAAAAAUUCCUUGCCCUCAUGCCUUCAAAGCUGCCUCUAUGUGGCUGAUCAGAUUCAGCCCACUGUCUUCACAUACUACUCUCUCAUCAAGGCAAAACGAAACACAGUACAUAAUUAAACAAUAUAUGCUACACUUCUUGUUGGCCUCAGAGUACCAGUAACAAUUCCAAUGUUAGUAAACAGCUUGCGGGACAAUCGAUUCUUUUCAAACUUGGAAGCUUAAAGGCAGGCUAUUAGGCUAACUACACAGAGUUUAACUUCGAUUAAGUUGCAACUGGUGCAAAGCUAAGAUGAUGUAAGACAACCUCCUUGAGGCAACCCCGCUGCCAAUGGCAAACAUUAUAAAUAUUUUUUUAAAUUCUGGUGCUCCUGAGGUAAUAUGAAAAUGAACCAAGGUGGUUUGAACCCAGUCAUGUCUCUGAUAAGAAUAAACAUGGUCAAGCUGUUUAUCAUCGAGUCUUGCCUACUUUGAGUACUGCUUCUUUAUGCUUACUCUUGUCCUUUUAAUCCAUUCAGCUCAUCAUAAAGUUUUCUUUUUAAAACUUACUUAUGGUAGAUAACUUGAUCUGAUGAAUUUUGGCAUGGGUUUUUUUUUAACUCCAGUUCUCUGUGCAACAUACAAAUCUCAGCCUUUCAUCUGAACACUGCACUCUUCUGUAGUAAUUGUUUGCCUCUGUGCCUCUUUAAGGUCUGCCAAUUUAGCUGUAUGGGUGAUGACUGUUUCUUCCAAGUUAAGUCGGACUCUUGAACAGGAAACAGUUAAAACUGCCAAUUAGUCUGCAGAUGGAACCAUAGAUAAGUUACAGCACAGAAAGAGCCCAUUGUGGCUGCGCCGGCUGACAAAUAAAAAAUAAAAAACUAGCCACCCAUUCUAAUCCCACCUUCCAGCACCUGGUUUGUAGCCUUGCAGGUUACAGCACGUCAGGUGCAAAUCCAGGUACCUUUUAAAUGAGUUGAGGAUUUCUGCCUUCACCACCAGCCAGAUUGGUCAACCAGAUUGAUUAACUAAUCUUACCAAAUCAGGUUUAUGUAUCUCAUAUUUGACUUUAAUGUAUCUAAUAAUUUGGAGCAUUGCAUUUUUUCACAAAAACUUCCUUCUGUAGAUUGGAUAAUUGAAGCACCAAUGUAUAACUCCACUGCUAAGAUUUUAUUCUCAUAUUUGCACUGGAUUAAGAAUUUCAGAGUUUGAUUCUGUUUGCCCUCAUUUGAAAGCGCAAAUAGGUUACUAAUGUUUUAGAUGCUGUAGGAGUUCUGUCCCUUCCUCUCUGCUAAUAGUAAGAAUGUUUGGUUUUGCUCUUACUGAUUUUCUAUUUAGCUUCUAAUAUUUUUCUUUUGUCUUUCCAUUUGAAUCCACAUUUCUCACAGAGUGCCAUGUAAAUUUUAACACUUUCAGUUAUACUGGAACGUUUUCCACUUAUAUGUCAAAUUUCAUUGCGUAGAUUGCACUGGAAACAACAAGAAUUAAUAUUAUGAUUGAUUUUCCCACAAUGGAAACCCUUCAGGGUGCCAUGUUCCUCAUGUUUACUGCAACCUGUUGUCAGAACUUUCUUGUCUGUUUAUACUCUCUGCACACUUCAGGUAAUAUCGAGUGCUUUUUGACUUUUAAAUAAGUUUUCUCUGAAAGUUUAUUUUCAGAAUUGAUUUUAAUUGCAACUGCACACAAAUCUGUCCUAGGGCUAUGUCCAAAGUGCAAUACGUUAACAAUUUUUAGGUAGUCCCCUCAUUCUGUUAAAAACUCAUUAAAGGAUCAAUGCUCCUUCAGUUUUUCUAGUAUGAUGUGCAAUGUUUAACAAUAAUCCUUUAAGAGAAAAUGUUUCUCCCCCAGAUUGCCAAUUCAUUUUUCAUGUUUGCUUUAAUCAGGGCAACUAAGUAUCUCCUUAAACUUUUAAUUUGACCCCCACAAAUAUGAAGUGGCCUUUCAGGUUGAUCUGUUUUAACUGCUGAUUGCCAUCUUGGUAAAGAAAUAUUUCCUGUCAUCUCCUAAAUAUCAGAACCCUGAACCUUGACCUGCUGCCCUAGCAUAUCUAGGAACUUACAGAAAAACUAACAGGAAAUACCAGCUGGUAUAUUGAGGCUGUCCGAUACAGUCACAUUGCAGCUGAGCAUCACGAUCCUCAAAGUUCCGACCCACCCUAAAGCCAAGUGUUCACCUGGGAAAAACAACAGGUUUUUAAAAAAAGCUAGACCAAUUUAAGGGGGGAAAGAAGAUAGGUAACUGAGCUGCAAGAGACCACAGUGUUCAUGAGGAACAUUGUCAACAUCCCACCUAGCCUUUUUAUGUAGCGAUAUCAGCUACAGUCAGAAUGCAUCCAGGUCAAUUUUGAACACGUGCAGUAAAUUCAGUCAAUGCAUGGGUCAGCAAUCUGUUUCAAAGGUUGAUGACCUCUGUUAAUGAAGAAGCUUCUAACAUCCAAUCCAGCCCUGUGCUUGUGUAACUUAUGCAUGUCUCCGGGUUCUCCCUAACUAUCGAAUGCAUAUAGAGUAUCCAUGUGGACACAGCCAACUCCUUCAUCAUUUUAAAUAUCUGAAUUAAAUAUCCAUGAAGUCCUAUGCUUUUAUUUUGUAAGAAGUGCUAGCUCUCUAAACCCGAUCAUGCUACGUAAGGACUUAGAAGCGAGGUAUCAAGCUAGUAGCUUUUUGAAAUUUUACCAGCAAUGUCAUCUCAUGCACUAAAUGAAGGGUCUGAAACUGGACACAGUAUUCUGGAUGAGGCCAAAUCAAGAUUUUGUGCAAUCACACUAUAAUGUGUUUGUUUUAUACUGGAUUAUCCUAGUGACAUGUUUUGAAAAUUACAUUUUUCCUUUAAUUACAAUCUCAGCAUCAGUCGUGAACUUUUUAGAGACUUGUACUAUGACACCCAUGUCUCUUACCUGUUCAACAAACUUUAGUUCAGGACCCUGCAUGGCAUACACAUCCAUUACGUAGCACUAUCCAUUGGUGUCAUCUUCCAGAUGUGUGCCCAUCUCUUCAUGUUCAGGUCUGAUUGUAGGCAUUUCUUUUUUAGCCAAGGUUCUACCAGUCGCACAAAUCUUUUUGCCAAUAAUGAACACGUGAACAGUUCUCCCACUAACCUUCAGGCAAAAGUUAAAUAUAAGCAGCAGUCCUAGCAGAUCCUGUGGGACUCCAAUAGUAAUUGGUUUCCUUACAGAAGCACUAUAAUUGGUAGUAGCCCUCUGCCCAUGAAAUAGCAACCAUUUCCCUGUCUAACCCAAUACCUUGCCUCCUAUCCCACAAAACUCUAUCUUACAGGGCAGUCUGUUGUGUGGCACCUUGUCAAGCUUUUUGAAAGCCAAAUAUAAAAUGUCAAUAUCCACCAACCAAGUGUCUUGCUCAGAAAAUUCAACCAGGUUAGUGAGUUGGAAUGUUGACAGUAUCUAACAACAACUUCUCUGUUCAGCUGGUCAUGCAGCGUAUCUCUAAUAUUCCCUUCUAGAAAUUUGCCUGUAACUAAAGUCAAGGAAAUUGGCCAAUGACUUUUCAGUAUGAAUUGUUGCCCUUUUUGAAUAUUGGCCUCAACAUGAGCCUCCCUCCAAUGGAUGGGAAGAAUUCCUAACUCUUGUGUUGUAAAAAUACAUAAGCAAAAGGCACAUUUAGCACAUCAUAAAAUAUUGUAAAAGAUUUAUAUCUGCCCUGCUAAGUACAUAAAGUACCAUAAUGUUCUCCUGUGUUUUCUUUGUUCAAAGCUGAAAAAUAUAAGUUUGAGCAGUUAUUCUUCUUAGCCUUUAGAAUGGGAAUCAACCUGGUUGGCAAAGUCUGCAUUACCUCAAGGGACUGGAUGAGCCCCUUGCACCUUGUCAACCAGAACUAUAUUGCGCAGUCCGGGUAAUGCCUGAACUGAGCACUCUGCUACAGCAUGAAUUCUAGGGAUUUGAAUUUAACUGAUUUGGCUGUAGAACCUGAACAGACAUCCUGUUUGUUUGUACUUCCUAAUCACACAAUGAACACUGAAUGAACUAAUAUCCCAUAAAGCCUAAAAAAAUAAAGCAUGUGUUUUAUUAAGGCUACAAAGAUGGAACUGUGAAUAGGAAAAUAAAUCAACAGUGAUCAUUUUACUGAUUAUUUAUUCAAAAGUCAUGAUUUAAGACUAUUUGGGGGGACAAAAUAACAGAAUUGUUGCAUCCACAAUCUUGUUAGUUAGUAGACAGAUUGAUUUUAAUAUAUUUUCAAUGAAGCUUUAGUUAUAAUUGAGCUGCAAUGUUACUGGUAGAUGAAUUGGUGAAGAGCAUUGCUGCCGUUUGUGUGUUGUAUGAGGUUUAUAUAGCUUUUUUUUCAAAAUCAUCUAGCCCUGUAGCCUUACUGGGUUGCAAGUUGCAAAGCUGUUUUACAAUUUGAAUGAAGGGAAUUGUGCUGUUGUUGACCAUAGUACAGAGUGUCCAGAUCCUGCUUUAAUGGAUUUUUUUAUUUAUGGUCGCAGAUGGUUCAAUGUGUGUUUUUGCAGAAGGUUCUCACUGCUCUCUGCAGGCUGAGACCCUCUCCCUUUUUCUUGUGCUUUCUGAACGUUUUGUGGAACUUGACAAGCCUGAAAGAAAUUUUGUAUAAAUUUGUACAAUACUGUUAAAAAAAACAAAGUUUAUAAUCUUAGAAAUGUUGUGUUACUUUAUUCUUGUGCAAAUAUAUUCCGAAUAAAAGAUUUAUCAGUUAAAUCAUUAAAAUGUUUCACCAUG